CACCCUAUAUCCAACAUAAUCAACUCAAAAUGACAUAUUCAUCCAUAAGAUUUUGUUGCAACCUUGUUUACACUCUUUUCCUAUUUGGGGUUGUGACGCUUCGUGUUGCAAACGCGAAACCGGCUACAUUUUUACAGGAUUUUCAUAUAACAUGGUCUGAUUCUCACAUCAAGCAACUCGAUGGUGGAAGAGCUAUCCAACUUAUCCUUGACCAAAACUCGGGUUGCGGGUUUGCUUCCAAAAAUAAAUACUUGUUUGGACGUGUGAGCAUGAAGAUUAAGCUUAUUCCAGGAGAUUCUGCUGGCACAGUCACUGCGUUUUACAUGAACUCGGAUACUAAUCAAAUCCGUGAUGAGCUUGAUUUUGAGUUUUUGGGGAACCGAAGUGGGCAGCCCUACUCGGUUCAAACUAAUGUUUUUGCUCACGGAAAAGGUGAUAGAGAACAAAGGAUCAACUUGUGGUUUGACCCUGCCGCUGACUUCCAUACUUACUCGAUUUUAUGGAACCAUCAACAUGUUGUGUUUUACGUCGAUGAAGUGCCAAUCAGGGUGUACAAGAAUAACGAAGCCAAAGGAAUACCAUUCCCAAAAUCGCAGCCAAUGGGAGUGUACUCAACAUUAUGGGAAGCCGAUGAUUGGGCGACAAGGGGCGGGCUCGAGAAAAUAGAUUGGAACAAAGCACCCUUUUACGCAUAUUACAAAGACUUCGAUAUUGAAGGCUGCGUCAUUCCGGGUCCAGCCACAUGCGCAUCUAACCCGUCUAAUUGGUGGGAGGGUGCCACCUAUCAACACCUGGACUCCGUUGGCGCUCAUCGUUACCGGUGGGUCCGCAUGAAUCAUAUGGUUUAUGAUUAUUGCACAGACAAACGCCGGAAUCCGGUUACCCCACCGGAAUGUAUGGCUGGAAUUUAGAAUUUAGAUCCCUUUGUUGAUGGGAUUUUUCCUAUUAUUAAAAAAAAAAAAAAACUGUUGGAGGACA